AUGGGGAGCGCUGGUUUAUCGCGAUCGAGAGGUGACCUGGAACGGUUGGCUGAGAGCAUAGGCAUCUAUCAUGUGCACGGCCAGAUUUUCAUCCACUCCACCUUCGAUGGCAUCGCCAAGCCGAAGAUUGUACCGACAGGAGACCAGGCCAGGGCGUUCGUUGAAGGGAUGAGAGCAGGCACGGGGUCCCUCGAAGAGCUCCUCACCACCCCCUUUUCAGAGCUCUGCAAGGUGAAGCCGGAGGGACUUGACGCCGUCAGGUGGCUCGCGGAGUGGCUGUUGGAGAACAAUCCCAACAAGCCGAAGGUGGCGCACGCUGACGACGAACGGGAUUCGGGUGAAGAUGGGGAUGAGGCGGGGGGUGGCGAGACGGCACUGGGGGAUGGUCCGGUCGUGGGAAUGGUGGCAACGGUAGAGAGUCGACUCCAGGAGUGA